CGGUGCUGGGGAGCGAGUUAAUCUCUCCGAUAUCUUUCCACGAAGGGUGGAGUGGGAUUUGCAGGUCCAACUUUUUGAGACUUCUUCUUUUACUUCUACUUCUUCUUCUUCUUCGCCUUCUUCCCGAGACCUGGUAAAACUGACUGGACACUAGACAGGAGGGCAGCUACUUUUGCCAUCUGUAGAAAUGUGAUUUGUGUGUCUGGACGCGUGCUGUAAGGUGUGGAUUUUCAGACGAUCGUAUUUCCUAAAGCUGGUUUCCCUAAUGGACGUGCAAGAACAACGAGCUCGCCUGGAAAAGGCGCAGGUGGAAUGUGGGCAGCGGAUGCUGGACAGUCUGAUGCUGGGCGGUGGUGGUGGUGGAGGUGGAGGUGGUGGUGCUCCCGCCGGCGCCCACUACAACAACAUCUUCACCUGGAGCAGUCUCGUGGACUCAGACAACGCCACCGUCGCCUCCGCGGCCACAAGGACGGAUUUUACACUACACAUCGCUAACCUCACAAAGCCAGAACCCAGCGACGGCGGACGUCGGAACUGUGGCAUCGCCUGGGACAACCUGCUGUGUUGGGACGAGGCGCCACCUGGAUCUCUGCAGAAACAGGCUUGUCCGGACUACAUCCAUGGCUUUGACACUAAUGAGUUCGCCACCAGAUACUGCACAGAGAACGGAACCUGGUUCUUCCACCCAGUGCUGAAGAAACACUGGACCAACUUCUCAGCAUGCCAUUCCACGGUGGAGAUGACGGCCGAUAUGGAGCACGCAGACAGGCUCAACCUCAUCCGGACAAUUGGCUACGGCGUUAGCCUCUGCUCCCUCGUCAUCGCUGUUCUCAUCAUGUGCUGCUCAAGGUAAAGGUUUCACUUUCUGGUUCGAAUCUAAAGCUCAUUUAUAUAAUGUACGUGACUGUAAGUCUGUGUGUGUGUGUGAAUGUUUAUUUGUG